UUUGCUAGGAGUUUGUUUAAAUAUAAAGCUGAGAAGUAACAUCUCAGCGUGCCAUUGGGAUCACAUCUUUGUUAGAAUUAUCGAGAGGUUCGCAAGUUUUUGUUGGUUCAUCAGAUAAAGUUAAAGUAAAGGUGAAAGUUUUUCGAAAGGAGCGUAAGAAUGAUAAAAAUGAGCUUUUCUUACGAGGUAUUUGUCAAAAUUGCACCGACGCGGAAAUAAAUCAAGCCCGUGUUUUUCAAAAAAUGUCAGUGGCGAUUGUUAGCUAAAUGAAUACAGCGAUGGAAAAAUAACAUCCGGCUUUGUAAGAUGUCUUUGUUUCACACUUUGAACUCGAACAGCUAAAUCAACAAAAAAACACAUCUUUUGACCGCCAUGCUAACAUUAGUUUUCAUUGUGUCUUAUUCUGGCGUCAUAUAUGGCUGAAAGACAGCUAUUACACAAGGCUGGACCAGCAAAGUGUAGUUAGGCUCUGAAAGAAAGAAGUUUGCAGAGGAAGAUGAAAGUUGGCGUUUGGUUGAUCAUCAGCACAUUGUGGUUGCUUUUGCAAUUCGCAAGCUCCCAGUUUGCAAACAUAGCCUAUCAAAGCGACUAUCACAUCACAUUCCCGGAACGCGUGGAUGGCAGGCGGGGAAAAAGGGAUUUGUCAACAUCUGAAAAGGGAGUUCACGUGGAUGACGCCUCCUAUCGCCUGAAUACCCCUGACAAGGACUGGACCCUAGAUAUAAAACGAAAUAAAGAUCUUAUUUCUCCAUCAUUUGUCGUUCGCACAUUUGCUAGUGAUGGUUCAGAAGUUAUUCAAGAGGGAGGUCCUGAUCAUUGUCAUUAUCAAGGGUCCAUCCGAGGCCUAGCAGAUUCAACCGUUGUGUUAAACACUUGUUCAGGACUGAGGGGGCUCGUAGAUGAUGGCAAAGAUACAUUUUAUAUUACACCUGAGUCUGGAGGAGAAGAAACUGGCGCCCACAAAAUAUUCCAAGCAAAUGAAGACGAAGCCAAACACAUCCUGGAUAACUGCGGAAACAAAGAAACUCAUGCAGAUUUGCAUCAAUCAGUGGAAAAGUCAAGUGCAAUUUCUCGGAUAAGACGAAGCAUAUCGGGCCACGUUGAUGAAUUCUACAAACCAUUUUUGACAACAGAUGAGACGAGAUACAAUGAGCUGUUAUUGGUUGUAGAUUUUGGAAUGUACUUGAAACACAACAAUGACACCAAAGUAAUCACGGACCGAGUGAUAACACUGGCAAACGCUGUUGAUGCCAUUUAUCAGCGGAUAAAUAUCAGGGUAGUCUUGAAAGCGUUGGAAAUUUGGACGAAUGGCGAUCCUUUUGAGCGUCAAAAGAAAGGAGGACCUGACCUUGGUCGCUUUACUUCAUAUCGAAACGACCAUUUAAUAAAAAAAUUUCCUCAUGACAACGCACAGUUACUGAGCGAGUGGCGUUGGUCUGACUGUGCUGGCAUGGCGUUCCUAUUUGGGAUGUGUGGCUCUGUAUCAACCGGUGUUAAUAAUUGGGAUUAUGGAAGCAUCAUUGGCCCUUAUGUAAUAUUGGCACACGAAAUGGGUCACAACUUUGGAUUCAGCCAUGACGAAGGAAGCUGCAAGUGUUUGACCCCAAGAGGCUGCAUCAUGGGCGGUCACAAGACCAGAGUUCCAGGAUUUUCCAACUGUAGUAUGACUUCACUUCAAAGACUCAAUGAUUGGUGCUUAUAUAACGUGCCAACACACAAGGUACAUAAUCUUAUUUCAAGAAGGAGUAGUUACUAUGGUAACAGAUGUAUCAAAUAUUGUGCUAACUGA